CUGGAGUAUGGGUUCGAGCCCGAUGUGGUGGUCAGGACCACCACCGUCGCCGUGGAGCCGCGGUUUAGGGAAAUGGUGGGCGCUGGUAGGGCCAUUCGUGGUGAAGGCCGUCGGGUUCCUGCUGCUCGCGGGCCUCUUGUUCCGGGUGCUCUGGUCCUUUCCGUCCUCUCCGGCGCCGGCGUUGCAGAUCACAAAAGGAAAAUGCAGUCUUUUCAAUGGGGAAUGGAUACCAAACCCCUCUGGUCCAGCCUAUACAAAUGCAAGCUGUCGAUUUAUCGACGAUCACCAGAACUGCAUGAUGAAUGGUAGACCUGAUAAGGAAUAUCUACAUUGGAAGUGGAAACCUUAUGGAUGUGAUCUUCCACCAUUUGAUGCAGUAAGAUUUCUAGAUUCUGUGAGAAACAAAGGUUGGGGACUAAUUGGUGACUCCAUCCUUCGUAACCAAGUUCAGUCAUUGCUUUGCCUUCUGUCUAAGGUAAAUGCUACCGACUUUACUUUCUCGUUCUCCCGCGAUGCACUAUACAGUGUCCCUAUUCUAUAUUUGAAUAUGAUGGGAUCUUUCACAAAACUGUACUGAAAAUUUCACCCCUUUUCAUCCUUCCAAAUCUUCACUUUUAAAUAAUAUAUAGGAUGUUUUAGUUUGAUAACAAGUGCUUUGAUACUAGACAUUAUGCAGGUAUUCAAAUGUAAAGGUCCUGUUACCAUACUUUUUACAAGAACAGCUGAAACUCUUGUUCAGUGUUCAUUAAACUUCAUGUGUACCACUGUCACAUGCUUCCUUCUGGUUGCUGCCAAAACUGGAAGUGUUUGCUUCCUGCUGUUGGCUUUUGCUAUUUAAUCCGUUUUCUUUUUUUAAAUAAUGGUGGGAUGGAAAUUCCCUGAUGCUCUAACCUUAUUAUCUCUUCCACUGUCACAUGCUUGCUGCUUGUUUAGGCUGAAGAACCUGUUGAGGUUUACCAUGAUAACGAAUUCAAAAACAGGAGAUGGCACUUCCAAUCCUACAACUUCACAGUGUCCAUCGUCUGGGCUCCUUUCCUCAUCAAAUCUGGUAUUUUUGAGAAUGAGGAUGGCGUGUCUACCUCUGAAAUACAGCUCCACCUUGAUAUACUCGAUGCUAACUGGACAAGUCAGUAUGAGAGCUUUGACUAUAUUAUUAUUUCUGGCGGACAAUGGUUUCUGAGGACAGCGGUCUACUGGGAGAACGGUGCAGUGGUUGGUGGUCAUAAUUCUCAGAACAAGAACGUCGCUGAACUUGGUUUUGAGCACCUGUAUCAGAAAACUCUACAAAACGUUUUCAACUUCAUCGUCUCAGCGAAACACAAGCCAGUAAUUUUCUUCAGGACCUGGUCACCUGAUCACUUCGAGGAUGGAGAGUGGUUCAGCGGUGGGUCUUGUCGCAGGAAAUUGCCCUACAACAAGGGAGAGUACAGAGAGGGUAACAUCGAGCGUGUCAUGAGACAGAUCGAGCUUGAGUCCUUCAACAAGGCUGUAGCCGCGCUUAGGGGUUCAGCGGACAUGGAUAGACUGAGACUGAUGGAUACCUACAGCCUCUCGUCCUUGAGACCGGACGGCCACGUUGGGCCUUACAGAACACCCUAUCCCUUUGCAAGGGGCAGCAGUAAAUCCACGCCCGUUCAAAAUGAUUGCUUGCACUGGUGUGUACCAGGCCCCAUUGAUGCAUGGAAUGAUCUUGUUAUGAAGAUGGCCCUGGAUCCAUGAAAACCUUAUGGAUUUGUAUGGUGUGCUCUUAUGGAGUAAGUAGCAGCUAAGUGGGCACAAAAAAGUGUGUCCGUUUUGGUUUAGCUGUAAAAUAGGAGUGCUAGCAAAUAGAGAAACCUCAGGGUUGGCUUUGUUGC